AUGCUUCUUCCAAUAACGACAAUUCUAUUUCUAAUACUCAAACCCUGUUCAAUCCAUUCAACAGAUUUAUUUGAUAUUCAACUCACUCAAACUAUUUUAUGUUCUCACUUUCCUUUGGUUUCUACUAUUAACGAUUCAAGUUUACAAUGUGCUCGUUUACGUAUGAAUGAGAAUGUUCAAUUAUCGGAUUUCAAUAUUUUUAGUUCUUCGCCAAUUAUCCUGUUCAUUACAGUCAAUCAAUCGUCACCGAAUUCAUCACCACUUAAUCUUAUUAUAAAUUUUACCGAAUCAUUAGACUUUUCAUUGCAAGUCAAUGAGAUUCAUUUAGGUCUCUUGGUUAUUCAAUCUAAUUUUAUCAUAAAUAAUCAAUCUGAAUUAGUCUAUUCGCCCCACGAUAUUCCUAUAUUAAAUUGGAAAAAUUCAAAUUCGAAUGAAUAUGAUCUUGUUGGUAUUGUGCACCUUGACAAUAAUGAAAAUGAAAACAACUUAAAUAUGUGUCAAUGGACGUUUGAUCGAUGGAAUCAAAUAUUUAAUGGUAACUCUUCAAAUAAAUCAUCGUUUGUGCAUAUUCUUACAACAGAAAAUACUAAUCUAAUGUUCACAUUAAUGAAUCCAACAAAUCUUCUCCCACCGGCUCCUUAUUUAAGCAUACUUCAUUGUUUUCCAUAUCGAUUAGAAACAACUGAAUUAAUUCUUGUCCUUUGUUCUAUGUUUAUUUUCGUCGUUUUUCUUAGUAUGUCUAUUUUUCUACAUUGUCGUAAAGAAGAAUAUCAAUUUUUUUCGAAGCUUGCGAUGAAAAAAAAUUAG